UCAAUUUUGGAGUGGGCUGCCAAGCAAUUCCCAUUUGUACAAAGACAAAACUUCACCUAAUCAAUUGCCAUUGCUGAACACCAUGUGCUUUCUUGGUGAUUGAGUAUGGAUAGCCACACCCAGCAACAGUAGAUUAGAUUUCAGGCUAAGUAAUCAUCUUAAAUCUGAGAAGUCAAAAAGGGAAGCUUCAUCCUCUUCAUAUUUUGAAAGGAAAAAAAAUAAAAAGAAAAAGAAAAAGAAAAAAAAGGUUCUACAGAGGCAUCUCAAGAUUCCAAGAAAUCAGUAAAAAUCACUUUUUUACUUAUUGCAUGAUUUUCAGGGGGCUUCUUGGUUUCAUGAUGGGUUGCUUUGGAUGUGCUGGUCAGCCUACUGAGCCAAAAAUUGAAUCCAAAGCAGUUGGGGAUGAUCAACCUGUUAUCACAUCACCUAGGGUUAGGCUUAGUGAUGGCAGAUUCUUGGCUUACAGGGAGAGAGGAGUCCCCAAGAUUAAGUCCAGUUACAGAAUAAUUAUUGUUCAUGGCUUUGGGAGCUCCAAAGAUAUGAGCUUUAUGGCUUCUGAUGAACUUCUUGAUGAGUUGGGGGUAUACCUCUUGAUAUAUGAUCGAGCUGGAUAUGGAGAGAGUGAUCACAACCCCAAGCGCACAUUAAAGAGCGAAGCAUCUGAUAUUGAAGAGCUAGCUGAUCUGAUGCAAUUAGGACCCAAGUACUACGUAAUAGGCGUCUCACUAGGAUGUUACCCCGCCUGGAGUUGCCUCAAACGCAUACCCAACAGGCUUGCUGGUGUAGCACUAGUCGUCCCCUUCGUGAAUUACAAAUGGAGAUCACUUCCGGAUAAUCUGACGAGAGAUGACUACAGGAAACAAUUAUGCCAAUGGGUAAUAUGGGUAACACGCCAUGCUCGGGGACUGUUACACUGGUGGCUGACACAGACUAUAUUCCCUUCAGCCAGCGUUCUUGAUCAAAACCCUCAAUUCUUUUGCGAGAAAGACUUGGAGGUGUUGAAGAAUACUCCAGGAUACCAAUUGUUCACUCAGGAUGGAUUGAGAAGUCGAAAAGUUUUUGACUCGCUCUGCCGGGACUGCACUGUAGCUUUUGGCAAGUGGGAUUUCGACCCCUUGGAGCUAAGCAAUCCAUACCCCAAGAAUGAAAGCUCGGUUCACAUAUGGCAAGGGUACAAGGACAAGGUUGUGCCCGUGGAAUUGCAGAGGCAUGUCUGGGAAAGGCUACCGUGGAUUCGCUAUCAUGAAGUUCCAGAUGGUGGGCAUUUGCUUGUGUAUGACACUGCAGUUUGUGAGGCCAUAUUGAGGUCUCUUUUACUUGGUGAAGAUCCUUUACUGUAUAGGCCAAAACUAGACAGCUAAGUUUCCAGUGUUCAACAUUCUUGUAAAAUUGUAUUCAAAUGUGAUUCUGUUUAUUUGAUUUUAGAAAUGAAAUACAAGUGUGGCAGUGGUUGCUGUUUCUUCAC